GAAAAGAGGAGCUUUUGCACUGCGCAGUUUGACGCUGCAGUUUGACCAUGACGUAAUGCGUCAGCUGACUUUCAGCGGGAAGAGGUCCAGCGAACGGAAGCGCGCUUGACGGUCACUGGCGAUUGACUACCGUUCGGAAGACAAAGCAGUCAAUAAGUCGGUUGAAUACACAUCAAGAAGAGAAACCAUGUCUGGAGACAUCAACAAAGGUAAGAAGACAUUUGUGCAGAAGUGUGCCCAGUGCCAUACUGUGGAGGAGGGUGGAAAACAUAAGGUUGGGCCUAACCUUUGGGGUCUGUUCGGACGCAAAACAGGCCAGGCACAGGGCUACUCAUAUACUGAUGCCAACAAAAGCAAGGGUGUUAUCUGGGAUGAGGAGACCCUGAUGACCUAUUUGGAGAACCCCAAGAAAUAUAUUCCAGGAACAAAAAUGAUCUUCGCUGGCAUCAAAAAGAAGAAUGAACGGGCUGACCUUAUAGCAUAUCUUAAGUCUGCAACUUCAUAAGAAGCCCUUCAUCUGGGCAUCUUUGCCAGUUUUUGUCUUGAUAAGCUGUUCGGCGCCUUCACCUUUUUUCCAAAUUAGGCAGGAUAUCAAGCAGUCUGAGUGGUGUUAGCAUCUUUGUCACCUCUGUUUCUUGAUCCUCCGCUGUGGUGGAGUAAAUUAUAUCCCCUAAAUUGGUUACUUUACUAACAUAAAGCAUUAAACAAUAUGAUGUGUAUUAGGAAUGUACUGUAGGAAUUGAAAGCUGUGUAUUGUGUCUUAUGUUGACUGCCAUCAGUACUUUUUCUUUGUUUACACUCAAGUUAUCUUAAUCCAUGAAUGAAUGCUUUCUCUGCUUCUGAUCCAUUGAUACCUCAAGUCUUUUAUGUCAUUUUUAAUUUGUAAGUUGACAAUAACUGACACUAAACAUUAUGUUUGAAAUUUGCUUUACUUGAUAUGUUCCCAGAGAUGUGCAUAUGGUCAGUAUCAGAUUUCUUGUAGUAUAAUGACUUGAUAUGCUAUAGGGUGUGGCUGGUCUUGUCAGUUUAUUUAACAG